CUUAUUUAGAUAAAUAAAUACAUUUUGACAGAGAUACCCCUAUUCAAAAUAAGAUGGUCCAAAGCAUAUCCUGUUUUGAAACAAAAGUGAAAGUGCAGAACAAUAUACGAAUAUUCUAUUCUUGCUUAUGUUUUUGAUGAGGCUCUUUUGAUAUAUACCGUCUGUAUUUGAUGUCUUAAUGGCAGAAUCUUUUGAUCUUGCAAAGAUACACCAAGGAGGUGGUCUUGAUUCAGAAUUUGAAUAUGACUCAGAAGCAGACAGGAGAAGAGAGAAGAGGAAUGAUUUAGUGCCACCAAAGAAGAAAGCAUCAGAAAAGAUAACAAACAAAAGACAUGUUGAAGAAGAAUACAGCAAAGAAGAAUGGAAAAACCAAAGAUUUCAUGUUCUUAGUAUGGAUGCUUUUGCACGUCAUAAGAAGUUUAUUAACGACUACAUACUUUACUACAGUGGAUCAAAGGCAGAUUUUAAAAGAGACAGUUCCAAAGAUAAAAGAGACAUAGAUGUAAUUAAAGAGCAUCACAGAUUUCUGUGGAAUGAAGAAGAUGAUCCUGAUGAAACAUGGGAGAAGAGGCUUGCCAAGAAGUAUUAUGACAAACUGUUUAAGGAGUAUUGUAUAACAGAUCUCAGCAGGUACAAGGAAAACAAGAUUGCAAUGAGAUGGAGAAUUGAAAAGGAGGUUGUGGAUGGAAACGGUCAGUUUUCAUGUGGCAAUAAGAAAUGUAAAGAAUCAGAAGGAUUAAGAAGUUGGGAAGUGAACUUUGGGUAUAUGGAACAUGGGGAAAAGAAAAAUGCUCUUGUCAAAUUACGGUUAUGCCCAGACUGUUCCUACAAAUUAAAUUAUCAUCACAGGAAAAAAGAAAUUCUUCCAAAAUCAAAAAGAAAAGACAAAUCACAGCGUAAGAAACAAAAAACAGAAGAAAAGGAUGCUAAUAAAGAUUCCAGUUUAGAUGAAUCCUUUAAGAAACCACCUGAUCCGUCAACCUCUAAGAAACCUGACACUGAAGAGAAUAAAUCUAUAUGGAGUGGUCCUGCUAAAUUACCAGAUGAAAAAUCAAGGGAAGAAGAGUUUGAUGACUACUUUGAAGACAUGUUUUUAUGACACAGGUGUGUUAGAAAGAAGAGCUGUUGUGAUGGCGAUUAUAUUACUUUUGUCUAUCAAAUCAUCAUCAUACUGGGAAUUGUAUUUUAUGAUUUCUGCUGUCUUUCAGCAAAAGUAUGUACAAAUGUACUUUAAUAUAGACAAAUACUGCCUGCAGAAUGCUUAAUGCUAGAUGAGAAGGAUGUAAAAUUAAUAUCCACGACCUGGUUGAACAUAUGUGUAUAUGUGUAAAAUAAACUCUGUUAGAUCAAAGUCACCGAAGGAUGAGAAGGGACGAUUCACUAUGGUAUAAUGAACUUGCAUGUCAAACAUCAUCACUCAAAACUAUGUUGACUUAUGCUCUAGUCGCUUUUAUAAUUAAACUAUCACUAUCAGUCUA